AUGGCUAACGUUGUCGAAGUCGCGAUCGAAAAAAUUGAUGAAGUCAAGUCUAGACUUGGAAGAACUUUGGGAGCUUCAAUGCGUUUACGCGAUUUAAUUCGCCAAGUUCGUGCCGCUAGGACGGCGGCUGAAGAACGUGCUGUUGUAGAACGAGAAAGUGCAAAUAUACGAGACUUUUUUAGAGAUGAGGACAAUAAAUACAAAUGCAGAAAUAUGGCAAAACUUCUCUACAUCCACAUGCUCGGAUAUCAAGCCCAUUUUGGUCAAGUAGAAUGUAUCAAACUUGUUGGCAGCAAAGAAAAGCGUUUUACUGACAUUCGUAUUGGUUAUCUAGGUGCAAUGCUUUUGUUGGAUGAACGUUCGGAAAUUCAUUUACUUGUUACAAAUUGCUUGAAAAGCCAUUUAAACGACAAUGACCAGUUCGUAGCAGGAAUUGCUCUAUGUACUCUUGGGGCUAUAUGUUCUCCAGAAAUGUGUAGAGAUUUGGCUGGUGAAGCAGAAAAGCUUUUAUUGAAAUCAACAAAUACAUAUAUCAAGAAAAAGGCAGCUUUAUGUGCAUUCCGAAUUGUUAGAAAAGUUCCGGAUCUUAUUGAAAUGUUUAUUUCGAGUACUCGUUCCCUUCUAAACGAAAAACAUCACGGUGUUCUAAUUGCUGGAGUAACUCUUGUAACUGAAAUGUGUGAACUUUCUUCUGAUGUUAGAAUUCAUUUUAAAAAGAUGGUUCCAAACUUGGUACGAAUUUUAAAAAAUUUAUUGAUGACUGGUUAUUCACCUGAACACGAUGUUUCAAGCAUUAGCGAUCCUUUUCUUCAAGUGAAAAUAAUUAAACUUUUGCGAAUUCUUGGAAAAGAUGACCCGAAAGCAAGUGAAGAAAUGAACGAUAUUUUGGCUCAAGUUGCAACAAAUACAGAGACGUCUAAAAAUGUGGGGAAUGCAAUACUUUAUGAAACUGUGUUGACUAUUAUGGAAAUUAAAAGUGAAAGCGGACUUCGAGUUCUUGCUGUAAAUAUUCUUGGACGUUUUCUUCUAAAUCCAGACAAAAACAUUCGUUAUGUAGCACUAAAUACAUUACUUAAAACUGUGGGAGUUGAUUUUCAAGCUGUUCAACGUCAUCGUACAACUGUUGUGGAUUGUUUAAAGGAUGGGGAUGUUUCUAUUAAAAAGCGUGCAUUAGAUUUAUGUUUUGCAUUAAUUAAUCAAACAAAUAUUGUAAGCAUGUCAAAAGAGAUUAUAAUAUUCUUGGAGACUGCAGACUCUGAAUUUAAAGCUGAAUGUGCCUCAAAAAUGUAUAUAGCAACGGAGCGUUUUUCUCCAAGUAUUGUUUGGCACUUGGAUACAAUGAUUAAUGUUUUACAAUUGGCUGGUAAUUAUGUCCCCGAUGAAGUUGUUAGUGCAAUGAUUCAAUUAAUUUCUUCACAUUCUGAGCUUCAAACUUAUGCAACAAUACAACUAUUUCAUGCUGCUGAACGUGAACAAAUUGUUUUGACAGCACAACCACUUUUACAAGUUGCUUUUUGGUGUAUAGGGGAAUUUGGUGAUUUGUUGAUUAUUGGAGGGGAAGAGGAGACACAUAAAAAGAUUGAAGAAGACGAAGUUGUCAGAAUUUUUGAACGUUUAAUGCCUUCUUCACAAAUGUCUAUUUCAAGUAGAGAAUUUGGAUUAACAGCUUUAGCUAAAUUAUUUACUCGAUUUGAAAAUUGUUCUGAACGUAUUCAUGCACUUGUUAGACAAUACUCUGCGAAUAUGAAUUUGGAAUUGCAACAACGUUCUGUUGAAUAUGCAAGGCUUUUGUUAAAAAAUGAUUUGAGAUUUGGAUUAUUAGAAAGAAUGCCAGCUAUUGAACGUAAUGCUUUACAUACAGCAGCACAACCAAUAGAAGAAUCACCUUUAAUUAAUGAUGAACAAUCUUUAUUAAAGCAAAAACAACAACAAAAAGCAGCAGCACCAGAAGUUGUUGAUUUGUUAGGUUUGGGUGAUAUAUUAUUUGGAGGUGGAGGAGUUGAUAAUAAUACUAUUAAUGGACAACAAACAAAUGGUAGCAAUUUAAUUACCGAUUUAAUAUCUAAUGGAGCUUCAACUCAAAAACAACCUGUUGUUCCUUCACAAAAUGGAAUUUUAGACUUGCAAGAUAUUUUAUCUCAAUCACAACAAAAAAGGACUGAUGAUUUAAAUAAUCUAUUUGAUAUGGGAUCAAGUGAACAAUCUCACGAAUCCUUUGGCGGCCAAAUAAUUUUUAAUCAAAGAGGACUAGAAAUUCAAUUACACGUUGAAAAGGUUUUUGAUUCAAAUAAUGAAGCUUCAUUACGUUUUGUUUCUACAAAUAAUAAUCCAACUUUGAUAGAGGAUUUUAAUUUGGCUGUGGCUGUUAUAAAGACUUAUCAAAUUGAAUUACUUCCUGCUAGUACAACAAGAUUAGAACCAAACGGACUUUCUACUGCAACACAAAUUGCAAGAUUAAGAAGAAUAGCUUUAUCAGCCAAAUCGCCCCGUUUGCGACUAAAAAUUGGAUAUACUAUUGGAGGCAUUCCCCAUUCAUUGGAUGCUGAAGUGAAUACAAUUAAUGGUCUUUCUUAA